ACAAAACAAAUUCUUCGGCACUUCUACAUAGGAUUUAACGCAUCCUUUAGGUGACAAACUAUUGGCUAAAAAUCGAUAUAGUUUACAAAAGUAUUCAGCACACACAUGUAUAACUUACAGUUCUUAAACCUUUCACUUUUUUUCGCAUGUUUCUUUUUUUCCUUCAACAGUAUGGGAGAAAUUGCUAUAUUGAAUUUUGAUAUGAAUUACAGGUUUGUCACCAUAACAAAGAGACAAAUUCAAAGAGAAUUCCUGGAUAGUGUACGGUACAGUUUCGAUAUAAUUCACUUAAUUAUAUGUUAUCAAGCUAUGUUAUUCACGUGUAUUGUCUCCAAAAUCAUUUCCUUUCGCGCGUCUAAUAUUGGUCAGAUAAAAAUCGAAUAUGAUCCAAAGGUUAACCUGCUGUUUUAAGCCACUUACCUUGCCAAGUUACGGAGCUCACGGCAUGCCACAGCCACCUGGACAUAGUCCCCUAAAAAUAACUUAAAGAAAUGCACAACGCUUUUUGUUUUCUUUUAUCAUCUAGCCUUGUUUUUCGUACAAUACACAACAUGUCAAACUCUAUGGAACGCCGAGCCAAAAACGUAGGCAAACUAAAUUGUUGAUAUUCUCAAAACAAAAGUUUAUUACCGACAAUGAAUCUAGAAACAAACAAUAUUUUUAGUUUGGUUCGAUGUUUUGAGCAAUAUGUUGUACCUCUGCAGGAUCUUCUCAGAUUCUAAACAAUUGUUUUUUUUUUAGAAAGAACUCAGGUGGACACAGUUGAAAAAAGGACAAGCCAAUCAGAUUGCACCUUCCCUCUUUGGCCAAUGACGGGCACCACAUUGUUGUCAAAUUUGUCUAAUGAAUACGUAGGCGCAACAAUAGAGAGAGAGAGAGAGAGAGAGAGUGGGGAUCUGUAUCCAGUGGCAAUCUCUUGAGUAAGUUAGUGUGUCACGCCACUGCGAGUUGCAAGCUCGUCUACUCCUGGCGCAUUACUAAAGGCGAACACUUUGGAGUUUCGAAUUGAACAGCUAGAACAGAACUUUCGCUGGGACAGCCUCAUACAGGCUUCUUUUAAAUGUUUGCGGCUGGGCUCUUCUCCAAGAUUAGUUUGUGUGAUUUUGGUCAGUGCGUCGUGUUAAAAUCAGAAGAGACUUUCAAAUAAUUGUCACUGAACGAAUCUCCGAAAGACUGCUUGGAGGGUCUGGGGGAAUGGUGAAGAGCACUAUUCAACUAGUGCGAUACGUUCGUCACCUUAUUUGAUCGAUUUUCUACUGUGCUGCUUUGACGCAGUAAAUUCUUGAUGGUGACAAAUGCUCUUUUGAGAUUCUCUUCCGUGUUACGCACAAAAGUUAACGUGUAGACAGGAAAGUCUCAGACUUAUCGAUUGAAUAUUCUCUGAGGGGAGAGAAUGGAUCUUAGAGCAGAUAUUCAAUCGGCCCAGGCAGGAUCUCAGGUUCACCCCGGUGCUGCCGCGGCCGCCGCUGCUGCUUCUAUUCCGGUCUCCAUGGCCAGUAACCUGCUUCGAGCACCGUCGAUCUUGCUGCGCGCCACGGAGAAGUAUCCCCGCACGCCCAAGUGCGCCAGGUGUCGGAAUCACGGCGUGGUGUCCGCGCUGAAGGGCCACAAGCGCUACUGUCGCUGGAAGGACUGCAUGUGCGCCAAGUGCACUCUGAUUGCGGAGAGGCAGCGCGUCAUGGCAGCCCAGGUUGCGCUCCGUAGACAACAAGCGCAGGAGGAGAACGAGGCCAGAGAAUUGCAGCUUCUUUACGGCACAGCCGAAGGCCUGGCCCUGGCUGCCGCCAAUGGUAUCAUUCCUCCACGGCAGAACUACGAGGUGUUCGGCUCUAUCAACAACGAGAGCAGCCAAGACUCAAACAUCCAAAAGUUUGAACACUUUCCGAAGAGCCAUAUUUCGGGGCCAAUGUCUUCACAGCAAACCAUGGGAAAAUCCGUUUCCACAGAUUCAGAGUCAGUGCCUGGCAUCUCCUCACCAGACGUGCGCCACGGUUCUGGUUCCGAGAAUGGAGACGGAGAGUCGUUCGUUAGCUCUCCCGUGUCCAAGCCACUUAAAGACGGCGAGGAAACCCCUGGAUCCAUCAGUCCACUGGGCACUGACUCCGGCUCGGAAACCGACAAAGACGACCAAGACCCGUCCUCCACUUCCGCAGCCUCCAGGCAAAUGAACGCCAUCGAUAUUCUCACCAGAAUAUUCCCCAGUCACAAGCGCAGUGUCCUGGAGCUGGUCCUGCAAGGCUGCGGUAAAGACGUGGUGCAGGCCAUCGAACAAAUCUUGAACAACAGUGGUCAGCCUAAAGCCCCCGAAGAGACAUGGAAUGCGGAGAGGCUUCUGCAGAGCACACAACCGCCUAUGUCAUCCACGCCAAGGCCCAUGCUACCAGGAGCCAUGACGCUCAGCAACCGCUCUGCCUUCUCACCUCUGCAGCCAAACACGUCUCACUUCGGUGCCGAUCCCAGCACCUACUCCCUGGGCACUCACCUGGGCCUGAACCCCCUUCGCCUGGCGUACUCAGCCCACAGCCGAGGCCUGGCCUUCAUGACCCCGUACUCUACAACUGGGCUGAUGCCAACGCUUGGAUUCAGACCGCCAAUGGACUAUGCGUUCAGCGAUCUCAUAAGGGACAGGACAAUUUUGCACAAAGACCAGGGGUACACUAACGGACUCUACGGCCCACUGGUUAACAACACCCCGGACAAACAGUGAAUACGCUAUCACAGACAGCAUAUGGGAGUGAAUCAGAGGACAUAAUUGUUAUGUAUAUAAGAGUGUUCAGCAAGCACCCACAAUCUUAAACACUUACUGUAAAUAUUGUAAUUUCUGUGUAUCCGUUAUGGUUCCCUAAAGAUAUAUGUGAAAGCAAAGACGUAUCUAGACAUGUUUCAAUCUGUAAUUGAUAUCUGCUAUGUCCAAGUCGGCAUAAUUUGCGGCUUGACUUUUGAUGUGAGUCGCAAACUAAUGUGUUGGAUCAAACAAGGACUCUCUAAUGUGUCUUUUCAAUAACAGAGCAUAGGUCGGAUGGAGAAUGUGGGCCUAUCGAAAAAAAUAAACGAUAUUUUCCAGAAUCACAUUUUUAUGUUUGCUACAAUCCUUAUAGAUGGUUAUAAAUGGAGAGGUUCAAUGUGGUUAUCGUGCAAUGAAUUGUCUGUUCAUGAUACCUUUUUUAAACAACAAAAAAAAUAUGACUAACAUUGUUGUGCGAUCUAAUUGCUGGUAUGUCAACCGACACAACAUUAAUCUGCAAAACACUAAGACAUAUCUUAACAUUGAAUUUAUUUUAUGUUUGUUGAAAUAUUGUAAAAUAGCCUAAAAUGUAUUGCCUCAAAUAAAACUAAUGCCAUUUGGCACUCCA